GAAUAAUUACUCGCGACGACGGUGCUUAUGAAUAUAGCGAUUAGUUGAGCUAACCGACCAAAUUUAAAUCCCAAUUCUAUAUUGAAGAUCUAUAUAUUGAUAUUGAAACCAAAUAGUGCUUGAAAUUACUUGAAAGUUUCUUCGAACAACCACAACUUUACUAAGAGGAACUACACAGGGGAUAUUGUACAGCCCAACGCCACAGUAUACCUGCAGCAGCCAUGAGUCUCCCCGAGUAUAAGAAAGAUUUCCUCAAGGCUGCCGUUGAGGGCGGCGCCCUGCGAUUCGGUGCCUUCGAAUUGAAGUCGAAGCGAAUAUCACCCUACUUUUUCAACGCUGGUGAUUUCUACACGGGGGAGCUGCACGUGCCCAUCAUGGACGCAUAUGCUCAAACCAUAGCCACCAGCGAACUUGCAGACGGCUUCGACGUCAUCUUCGGACCUGCCUAUAAAGGUAUCCCGCUAGCCGCCACGGUCUUCUACGCCCUGGCCAAGACCGACCCGGCCAAGUAUCGUAAGGUCGCUUACAGCUUCGACCGCAAGGAGGCCAAGGACCACGGGGAAGGCGGUAGCAUCGUCGGGUCGCCUCUCAAGGGCAAGAGAGUCCUCAUCAUUGAUGAUGUGGUGUCGGCUGGCACGGCCAAGCGUCAAGCCAUAGACAUGAUCCGAGCCAAUGGCGGUACCGUCGUAGGUAUUGUCGUCGCCCUCGAUCGUCAAGAGACACUCCCAGAAGGCGACGGCAAAACUAGCGCCAUCGGUCAGCUGCGAAAGGAGUACCAGAUCCCGAUCAUCUCCAUUGUGAAGCUAGACGAUAUUAUCAACGGCAUGCAAGAUAUCAUCUCAGAAGCCAACAUCAAGAACAUCGAGGCGUACCGUACUAAAUUCGGAGCAAGCGAUUAGAUUACAAAGUAAAUAGAAGUAAAUCAAGUCAUCUGAAUGACUCGGGACUAUUAUGUUAGACACAAACGGGUUUGGAUGAGUACAAAAAUCAAAUAGACGAAAGAUGACACGGGGUUGAAUACAUCAGGCAAUUAAAAAAAAGGAAUUCGGAUUUUGAAAUGAAUACCUAGGUACUUCAUAAGUCAGGCAUAAAUAGAAUUGCUAUCAUCCACAGCCCUCACCGAGGCUGAUGUUGAGCAUACGAUGACGCUGUCUUGGCCAAGAGCAAGU